GUCGUUUGAGGGCACUGUCUCAGGGGCCCAGAGAGAUAAGCCUUCUGGCGCUGGGCCAGUAGAUUGACCCUUUCAGACUUGGCCCGAGAUCGGAACCAGCUCGCCCAAGCUCUGACCAAAAUUAAAUCACGGGCGUUACGUUUCGCAUGGGGCCUCGAGGUGGGCUCUGUAUCAGGACAUUUUAUCAAAUCGAAUCUGGCUGACCUCUGACUCAACUGGCGUCUCUGCUACUGGAUAGAUAGACCCGCUGGUCGACCUGGUGUGCUGGCUGUUUAUUCCUCCCUUCUACACCCUUCAACAUUUCUCCCACCAGGCGCAUAGCUGAACGUCGCGACCGUCGUCCCCCUUUCCUUGACACCCCCUUCCCUCACUAUACCCCCGGCCAGCACAAGCCUCAGUCACAAUGUGUGGUAUUUUUGCGUGUCAUAGACACCCCGAGGUGCAAAAGUUCAAGCCGACUGCAUUGAAACUCUCAAAAGCAAUUCGGCACAGAGGACCCGAUUGGAGCGGAAGCAUCAUCUGCAAGGACACAAUCCUAUGCCAUGAGCGUCUGAGUAUCGUCGGCGUCGAGAGCGGUGCCCAGCCCCUGACCAACGCCGAUGAAAGUAUCAUCCUCGCCGUCAAUGGCGAGAUCUACAACCACAGGUUAAUCCGAAAGAGUCUCAAGACACCAUACCACUUCAAGACGCACUCUGACUGCGAAGUUGUCAUUCCUCUGUACAUGGAAUACGGCCUCGACGCCCCUAAGCACCUCGAUGGCAUGUUCUCAUUCGUGCUCUACGACAAGAAGCUCGACCGCACGAUUGCCGCCCGUGACCCUAUCGGUAUCACCACAUUGUAUAUGGGCUGGUCAUCCAAGGAGCCCGGCACCGUCUACUUCGGCUCCGAGCUCAAGUGCCUGCACCCAGUAUGUGACAAGAUCGAGGCCUUCCCCCCGGGGCACAUCUACGACAGCCAGACCGGCCAGACCACGAGAUAUUUCGAGCCAAAGUGGUGGGACGGCUCCAAGGUUCCACAGCAACCUGCCGACCUCAAGCUUCUGCGGGAGAGCCUGGAGAAAUCGGUGCGAAAGCGAUUGAUGGCCGAGGUCCCAUACGGUGUUCUGCUGUCAGGAGGUCUGGACUCGAGUCUGGUCGCAUCGAUUGCCCAGCGCGAGACAUUGCGCCUGAAGAAGGCUGCUCUGGAGGCCAACGGCGGCGCAGAGCCCCAACCUGGAGACGAGGACAAGGGCGAGGGCCUCGUGGGCAUCGAUGAUGAGAACAAGCUGUCAACCGUCACGUACCUGCCGCAGCUCAACUCCUUCUCAAUUGGCCUGCCAGGCUCGCCCGAUAACGAGGCGGCGCUCAAGGUCGCCAAAUUCCUGGGAACAAAGCACCACGUAAUGACGUUCACCAUUGAGGACGGCCUCAACGCCCUGUCAGACGUCAUUUACCACCUCGAGACCUACGAUGUGACGACCAUCCGCGCAUCAACACCUAUGUACCUCUUGUCCCGCAAGAUCAAGGCUAUGGGUAUCAAGAUGGUGCUCAGUGGCGAGGGCAGUGAUGAGAUCUUCGGUGGUUACCUCUACUUCGGCCACGCCCCCGACAAGGAUUCCUUCCAUGACGAGUGUGUCCGCCGCGUCAAGGCCCUGCAUCUGGCUGACUGCCUCCGGGCUAACAAGUCCACCUCGGCGUGGGGUCUUGAGGCGCGAGUGCCAUUCCUGGACAAGGAGUUCCUCGAGACCGCCAUGGCUGUUGACCCCGCCGACAAGAUGAUCGACAAGGACCACAUGGAGAAGUACAUCCUGCGCAAGGCUUUCGACACUUCUGACGAGCCCGACAACCAGCCAUACCUCCCCGACGAGAUCCUCUGGCGACAGAAGGAGCAGUUCUCGGACGGUGUUGGGUACGGCUGGAUCGACGCGCUCAAGGACAACGCUGAGCUGCACGUGACGGACGAGAUGAUGAAGAACCCCAAGCCUGAGUGGGGCAACGACAUCCCCGACACGAAGGAGGCCUACUGGUACCGCUGCAUGUUCGACGAGCACUUUCCUCCAAGCUGUGCUUCGACUGUGAUGCGGUGGGUGCCGAAGUGGGUGAAGCAGACUGACCCCAGUGGACGUGCGAUUGCUUCCCACCAGCAGAAGUAUGACCAUGUUGAGUAACUGAGUUUGCGGCAACAAGAAACUCGCGACUGCUGUGGUAAAAUGUUGGAAGUAAAUUUAGUCUAGGCUAUGGGAUGAAAAACAGAACACGAAUGACCGUGUUGUAGGACAACGUAGACAUGGGCUGGUGAUGGCCUUCUUAUUUCCCACGAAUAGACUGCAAAAUACCGUCCAAGAACAACAGAUGGACUACUUGGCGAUGUGUAAUGCCGGGAAGCGUCACAGAACCCGUCGUAAUGCAACUUACAGCCCGAGCCAUUACGGAGUGUUGAAGACCAGAGUUGAUCAAGUCUUGUAGGUUUUUGCAUGAAUCAAAGUCAUCGUGCAUGCAUGGGGACCCAUUCAAAAGCGCUGGUGCAGCACGUGGUUGAGGUUGUGUCAAUGCAGAGGGGCCCGAGGUUGCGU